CGGGUAGACUCUUCUAAAAACGUCAGAGUUGAAAGGUCGAAGGUUGUUUUGAAGAUGGCUGCCCCCCAAGAUGACAUGUUUUCUCUCUGCGUCGACCCCACUAAAGUUAGCAGUUGUGUGGAAGUCCGAUUUAUUGACAAGAUUAAGGGCAAGGGGUUAUUCGCCAAGAAGGCCAUCAAGAAAGGAGACACCAUUUUUAUUGAGCGCCCUCUUGUCUCUGCCCAGUUCUUGUGGAAUUCCCUGUACAAGUACAAAGCCUGUGAGUUUUGCUUGCGUGCUCUGGAGACAGCCGAGGAUAAUGCCCGUAGACUCAGUGGCAUCCCUGACCUCAGUCUACCCCACCCCGAGCUGUGCAAAGUGCAUCCAGAGCUGCACCAAGCUUGCCCACAAUGCCAGGUGAUGUACUGUAGCAACGAGUGUCGGCAGGCUGCGGCAGACCAGUACCAUCGGGCCCUGUGCCUAGGCACCUCCCAAGAGGACCCAAACCACCCCAUCAGCAAACUAAAGGAUGCCUGGAGGAGCAUGCACUACCCUCCUGAGACCUCCAGCAUCAUGCUCAUGGCCAGGAUGGUGGCCACUGUCAAACAGGCCCAAGACAAAGGGCACUGGCAGAAGCUGUUCUCUCAAUUCUGCAGCCGUGCGGCCAACGAGGAGGAGGAGAUUGCACAUAAGCUGCUGGGAGAGAAGUUCCAGGGGCAGUUGACCGUACUACGAACCCUGUUUACAACGGCACUUUACGACGAUCAUCUCAAUCGGUGGUUUACACCUGAGGGAUUUCGUUCCCUCUUCUCCCUUGUGGGGACCAAUGGUCAGGGUAUAGGUACCAGUUCUCUCAGCCAAUGGGUUCAUGCAUGUGAUGCUUUGGCGCUGACGAGCCAGCAGAGGGAGCAAUUGGAUUCCUUCAUUGACCAACUAUACAAGGAUGUCGAGAAAGAGACCGGUGACUUUCUGAACUGCGAGGGUUCCGGGCUCUUCCUACUGCAAAGCGCAUGUAACCAUAGCUGCAUACCGACUGCGGCGGUAUCUUUCCCGAGCAACAACUUCUUGCUUCAUCUCAGUGCCCUAAGUGACAUCAGCCCUGGAGAGGAGAUCGGUAUCAGUUACUUGGACUGCUGUCAGCGUGACAGGAGCCGUCAUAGCAGACACAAAAUCCUGAGGGAUAACUACCUGUUCAUCUGCUCGUGUCCAAAAUGUGUGUCUCAGAUGGAUGAGUUGGAUCUGACGUCGGACGAGGACGAGGAGGAGGAGGAGGAGGGGGAGCCCGAGGGGGAUGACAUGGAGGACGAGAUGACGGACGUCUGAGGGGGUAAAAAGACCCCGCUCUGUUCCCACUCACCCCCUCCCUCCCUAAUCCACUCACUCAGCCAUGCUAGCUAACUGCACAGUGAAAACCAACCUUAAAGAAGACCUUGCAUAUCACCAAACAUAUCAAAUUCGUUAUGUAACCAAAUAUUUUUUUCAAGGAAAAUAAGUCACUCACUGGCCCUACUCUUUGGAUCUCCCCCUUGAAAAGCGUUUGCUCACAUUACUGUACAGUAGCAGACGUUUUGGCUGUCACCUCUCGUGUAUCUUCUGCUUGUUGGAAAAGUUUACAUGGAAGACGUCCAGUUCACUAAUGUUUUUCAUUUAUCACCGUUUUUAGUACAUCUAGAAUGGUAGAAACCAUUAAAUUGGCAAGAUGUCAUUUAUUCCUCGUGUUGAGUGCAUUAGGUGUAGAUUAAUUCAGACAGAAUUAUAUGGUGCCUGUUCUGCCAAGGAUAAUUCACUUGGCAAACCAAGUAGUGAUAACAUUACAGUAUGGACAGUAUAGAAGAAGUAACUGACCCUAAUUUAAGUACAUAUAUUUUCAUAUGAGAUUAGAAACGGUCAUUGCAAGCGAUGAGGUAACCAUCAGCCAGGAUAUUACUCUGAGACCUUGAGCUGUUGAAAGCUUUUGUCAGUUAACUAUUUGCCCUUUAUUGAGUAGAGCAGAUUUUCACUGUUAUUUGACGAAUGAAAUUGCUGCUACUGCCCACACAUGAAUCAAUACAACCGCAAUGACUGUAAUCUUCAGUGCCAACAUUUUCAAUGUUACCGGACAAAUAUGGCUAACAUCGAAUGACUAACUUCAAUUAUCUCAGUUGGCAUUUCAGAGCAGUGGUGCAUGAGAACAAAUUGCUUUUGAUGCCACACAAUGAAAUGCUGCAAUGUAAGAGCAGCAGUAAAUAAUGUAUGAGAAUCCUAGAAAUUAUAAUUUUUAUUGCUCUGGCAUAAACCAUUGAGAUUAAAA